AGAGGCGCUGAGAGUGGAGGCUUCAGACUCUCAGGAGGGGCCGUGCAGACACAAGGAAGUCCCCAGGAGAGAACGUGGAGCUGUGUGUCUGUCACAAGACUGCAGGGACAUGAGAGGCUGCCUGCUCCUGCCCCUUCUCCUGCUGGGGACAGUUUCUGCUCUCUAUCUGGAGAAUAAUGCCCCACAUCUGGGUGGUCCAGAGACACAGGCAGACCUGAGCCAGGAUCUGGAAUGCUCAGGGGGGCAGGAAGGAGCGCUGGCCCUGAGUGGUGAGGUGCUUGAGUCGGGGGCACAGGAGGCCGAGGACGCUCAUGACGAUGAGUUGGACUCAGAUGACUUAGACGAGGAUGUGCAGUGCCCCAAGGAAGAGGAGACAGUGCGACUUCGGGGCAGUCCUGAGUGCGAGAGCUGCCGUUACACGAUUGUGCUCACUCGGAGGAGGUUUAGAAGAGCUCAGAGAAUAUGCAGGAAGUGCUACCGAGGUAACCUCGUCUCCAUCCACAGCUUCAGUAUCAACACUCUCAUCCAUCGCUUGGCCAUAAGGACCAACCAAGCGCAGGUUUGGAUCGGAGGCUUCAUCAGAGGUCGGUUACGGUGCAGGAGAUUUCACUGGACUGAUGGGAGUUGCUGGAAUUUUGGAAUCUGGGCCCAAGGCCAGCCCAGGAAUGGGAGAGGCCGCUGCGUGGCCCUGUGCACCAGAGGGGGUGUCUGGCGACGAGCUCCAUGCAAAAGGCGGCUGCCCUUCAUCUGCUCCUACUAAGCCAGAGACGGGAUACCCUCCUCCCUGCCCUCCUGUCUGCCUGAUCUCUCUGUCAGCCCCCUGACCCCCAGCCUCCCCGGGUCAUAAAGCCUCGUUCUC